AUGGUUGACAAUUCAGUGAAAAGAAACUCUGCGGAAGAUCGAUUGGGAUCGGCUGUUUUUUCCGCGAAAGACAACGAUAGCAUGCACAAAUCAUUAAAUGGUGAGUUUAUUCUCUAUCGAUUACUGAUAGAGCAGAUUCUGAAAGGCAGUCUGGACAAUAAGCAAUCAUUGCUGAAGUAUUUUCACCCAGAUGAAAAAAAGGAUAAAAUUUUAUUAAAAGAAUUUGAUAAAACUUAUCAGCCAAGUAAAGCGAUAUUUUGGUACACAAAGGAAUCGCCUGUUUACAAAAAUCUCAACAAAGCGCUGCGAACGCAAAAUACCGAUGAUGUUACACCAUUCGCAUCAUUUAUCAAGGAUUUGACCGUUCAACUUGGCGAAGAACAUCAAUUAUUUGUGAGAAAACAACAGGAAAAAAGUGCGCAAUUUCAAGUUUAUCGUGGUCAGUUCAUCAGUAAAGAUGAAAUAACACGUUUGCAAGCAAGUCCAGGAGAUCUUAUCUCGAUGAAUUCAUUCUUGUCUACAAGCACAAAUCGAAAGAAAGCAUUUGAAUUUGCCACGAGUCGUCCUCCACCUACAGACGACUUAACAUCGGUUUUAUUGCAAAUGAAUAUUGAUAUUUUCACCCAGUCGAAGCCUUUCGCUGACAUUCGACGUUUAAGUGCGUUUCCAGAAGAAGAGGAAAUACUCUUUGCUGUUGGUAGUGUUUUUCGGAUCGAAAAGGUUUCUUUUGAUGAUGAGCAUAAACUUUGGAUGGCAGAGUUUACUCUAUGCGCCGAGAACAAUGCCGAAACGGAAAAAGUUUCGAAGACUUUAGAAAAGGAAUUGGAAGGAAAUAAUCAUCUCGUUGCAAUGGGAACUUAUUUCAUCCAUAUGCAAAAGUAUGAUCAAGCUCAAGGGUACCUCGAAACCCUUCUGCAAAACAAAAGCAUUCAAGAUCCACUAGAUUUUGCCUACUGUUAUCAAAUUCUUGGCAAAGUGCAAGAAAAGAAAGGAAACUACGUGAGUUCGAUCGAGAAUUUCAACAAAUCGUUGGACUAUUUACUAAACAAUCCACAAUUGAAAGAUCAUUCAUUUGUAUCGGAAUGUUAUAACGAAUUAGGAUUUGUUUAUUCUUGUCAAGAAGAUUAUCACACAUCAUUCGCAUAUUUCGAUAAAGCUUUGAGUACACAAAAUAACGAAUCUUUAGUGACCUACUUCAAUAUGGCAAAAGUUUAUUUGAAAGCCAAGAAUCACCGUUUAUCAUUGGAUUAUCUACAAAGAAUCAUGGACAAUAAAUCCAAAAUUAAAUCUGCAUUUCUUGCUGACGUUUACAUUCAUAUGGGAAGGAAUCUAUCUGCAAUUAACCAAAACGAGCAAGCAACAAAGAUGUUUGAUACUGUUGCCGAAUUACAAAUCAAAGAACUACACGAUAAACACCCAGAUUUGAGUUAUACUUAUCUUCAAGUUGGCUUGAUGCAUUUACAAAAUGACAAUUUCGACAAAUCGUACGAAUUUUUUCAAAAAGCGUACCAAUUGCAAUUGAACAGCUUGCCUGGUAACCAUUCAGAUUUUGCUGAAACAUUUCAAAAUUUCGGUGAUUUUUAUAUGAAACAGUCCAACACGGAAAAAGCCAUAUUCUACUACGAAAAACGCUUGGAAAAUCAACUGAAAACCUUAUCUUGGGAUCAUCCAUCUGUUAUGAAGACCUACUCGGAUCUGGGACACGCUCAUUGGAAAAGACGAAACUUCGAUGCAGCAUCGAAAUACUUCGAAAAAAUUCUUCGAGCCGAUCAGCAAAGAAAAAAACAAGGUGAAACAUCAUUGAGCACUUCUUAUCGAACACUCGCCGAUCUCUAUUUGGAUAAAUAUGAGACAACCUCAGACAAAAAAGUCUUAGACCAAUCCACUCCAUUUUACCUGAAUUGUCUAAAAAACGAAUUGGAAACGAAAUUACCCAAUGAUUAUUCUUUGCUUGAUAUUUACAAGAUUCUGGCGAAAACGUACUAUAGGCAAGGCAAAUUAAGUGAGGCAAUGCUGUAUUAUAAUCGUACACUUGAUUGCUAUUUUGGAAAAUUACCCUUGGAUACAAAAUGUAUCGACGAAGUCUAUGAAUCGAUCAAAAAGAUUUAUUUAAAGAAGAAAAAUUUUACUCAAUCGUUGCUGUUCUAUUCGAAUUUAGACAAAAGUCAAGUGGAAAACAAAUCUCAGCAUAUAAAAAAUCUUCAUUUUGAGAAAUAUCACCUCGAUCAAUCUUUAUAUCACUUUCAAGAACAAUUGAAAAAGAAGCGAAGAGAUUCUGCCUUAAAUUAUGUUGUCACGAGUAUUCAUUAUGAAAAACAAGAUUACGAGAAAGUAGGUGAAUAUUUCUCAUCUUUAUUAAUGAAAGAAUUGAAUAGCAAGUCGUAUGCAGAUAUUUCAUUGAAGUAUUUGUAUGGAAUCAUUGGAAAUAUAUAUCUAAAAAAACGACGUUUUAAUCAAGCAUUGAUUUAUUUCUUUCACUUCUUGAAUUGUCAAUUGCAGCACCAGACGAACUCGAUCGAAGAAACUCUAUAUCAAAUUGGACGAAUCUUUUUGACCAAAGAUUAUUUCAUCUAUGGCAUCAAUACAAAACAAUUCACACAACUUGACUCUUAUCUAAACAGUUUUCAAUUGGAAAAUUCUCUAUCAACUCAUCUCGCGUCUUAUUUAACAAAUUCGUUGCAAAAUCCAAAAUUGAAGAAAUUCUCGCCGGAUGAAGUUUUUGAAAUCUUAGGAAAUUUCUUCUUGAGAAAACAAUAUUAUAUUCAAGCAUUGAAUUACUUUCAGAGCUUACUCAACCGUCAAGCUGGACAAUAUUCGCAAUUAAUGUGGACUUAUCUCGUUAUCGGUGAUAUUUAUGCGAAACAAGGCUAUUCAAAUCAAGCAAUACAAUUCUAUCAAUAUUCAUUACAAAUCGCUCAAGGUGGUUCAUCGCGAAAUAGAUCUGUACUUGAAAAAAUACAAUACAGAAUACGCACUGGAACCCUCCCUGAUCUUUGA